AUGUCGUCCUCAACCUCGACGAUCUCGGCGUCGGCGUCGGCGCCGCUCUACAAUGCCGGGACGCUCGGCAAGGUUCGGCAGCUGGUGGGUGUGGCCGCACUGUGCUGUGCCAUGCUUUUGACACAAUCGGCGCUCGGACAGACGGUGGUGCCCAUCCGCAGCAUCGCACGCAGCUUUGGCGUCGAGUCGUCCGACGCUCAGCAGUCGUGGUUCGCAGCCAGCUUUUCGCUUACCGUCGGCACCUUCGUCCUACCCGCCGGCCGCAUUGGGGAUCUCGUCGGCCACAAGCCCGUCGUCAUCGCCGGCUACCUCUGGCUUGCGCUCUGGGCACUCCUCGCGGGUCUGUCGCACUAUACCCGCUCGUACAUCUUCUUUGACGUGUGCCGUGCGAUGCAGGGAACCGCGUGCGCUCUGCUGCUGCCCAACUCGCUCGCCAUUCUUGGUCGCGUCUUUGCACCGGGAAGCUUUGCAAAGCACCUCAGUUUCUCGUUCUUUGCUGCCACCGCACCCAACGGCUUCCUUGUCGGCGCGGUGUUUACGACGCUUAUGGACAUGAAUCGCAGGAUGGGCUGGUACUGGGGGUUCUAUGUCAUGGCUAUCGUGGCGACCCUGCUGGCAGCGCUGUGUGUCUGGGUGUUGCCGUCCGAGCAAGAGAUGCAGGCGGUCAGCAGGUCGUGGAGCAAGGACCACGCGGCUGCGAACAGCGAGGGGCAACUAGAACCCGAACAGGCAGUAGGGAACAAGGGCAGAUGGUGGGAUAGGGUGGAUCUGUUCGGCACGGUCACGGGCGUUGCGGGACUCGUGCUGUUCAAUUUCGCCUUCAACCAGGCGCUCGUGGUCGGAUGGCAGACGGUGUACGUCUACGUGCUGCUCAUCGUUGGCGUUCUGCUCAUUGGUGUUUUCAUCGCAGGCGAGUCGCGCGCGCUGUAUCCGCUGCUACCCACCAGCGUCUUCCAUCUGUCCGGCAGUCUCAUUUUGCUCUCGCUCGCGUUCGGUUGGGCCUCGUUCGGCAUCUGGAUCUUCUACCUCAACCUCUUCCAGCAGCUCAUCCGCGGCUACUCGCCCAUCUUCACCAUUGUCAGCAUCGUCCCCGCUGGUGUUGCUGGCAUCCUCGCUGCCUUUUCCUCGGCUUACAUUCUCGGACGUACGAGCGCUCCCCUAGUAAUGCUGCUCUCGCUUUCGGCGUUCUGCAUCGGCAGCAUUAUUAACGGGGCAGCUCCAGUUGGUGUCCCUGCGCUCACGUAUGUAUCGUCGGCCAUAAUGCCGUUUGGGAUGGACAUGAGCUUCCCUGCCGCAAGCAUCAUCCUUAGCGACUUCUUGCCAUCGCACCAGCAAGGAACAGCAAGCAGCAUCGUUAAUACGAUCGUCAACUACGCCAUCGCGCUCGGACUCGGAUUCGCAGGCGUUGUGGAGACGCACGUCAACGACGAAGGCCGCAAUCCGCUCAAGGGCUAUCGGGGCGCCUUCUACAUGGGCAUCGGCUUUGCAGGCGCCGGUGUCGCAUUGGCGCUCGCCAACCUGCUUCUUCACACCCGAUCGAGUCGGAACGCAAGCUCCCACGCCGAAACCAAGACGGAGAAGGCAUAG